AUGGACACCUCUUCCUCUCUCGACGCAAUGGUGAACAUGAACGAGUUGGAUGAUCUGGGCAAUUUGUUCGAGUUUGGAGACAUUGAUCUCAAUUCCAUCACCGAUGGCGCCUCAUACGGCGAUCAGUCGCAGCAACAACAGCAGCAGCAACAGCAACAUGGAACACACCCCACAACUCCCUUUCAAGACAUGAGCCAAGCACCAGCCAUGUCUGGCACGGCGGCGCACGAUUUCGGGCAGACACCCUUCGCCAUCUCUCAGAGCAUGGAGUACGCCAUGCCUCACGACGGCCGGGUGACGACCAGCAACCCCUACGCUCCCGAAGCAACUUACCAAGCAUCUUCGCACGCCUCCUACCUCCCCUACUCGCAAAACUUCAACUUCCAGGCUCAACCCUCGUACCCGUCGAACGCUCAUGUGCCACCCACGCCCAACAGCUACGACAUGCAUGGCGAGACCGGCACAUUUAUGCACCAACAGUCCGCAAUGGACCCGCAGCAGCGUACCAUUCUCGAACAGCGAUACGGUCUGCGGAAGGAUGACGCGAUCGCCUUCACCCCCAUGGUGUCCCCAGCCGGUACACCGCAGUUCAAUGUGCUUCCAGAAUACACCACCCCAGGCGCCUACUUCUCUCCCCUCACAUCUCCCAUGCUGCACGGCCAGACUCACCAGCAGAACCAACUUCAGCAGACUCCUCACCAAACCCCUCAGCAACGCGCCUACACUUCCCAUCCCAACACCGCUCCAGGCUCCCACACCAACUCGCCAAUCGAUUUUGGUUUGGACAUCGACAUGCUCGACAACCUCACCCUACCCGACUCCGCGGGCCCCAGACCGCGCAGGACGAAGCGGAAACCGGCGGCGCCGCGGUCUGCGACUGGCCUCGCGAAAGCCAAGCAGAGCCCUGCACAGACCGCGCAGAAACGAAAGUCUAUGCUUUCGUCUUCCGGUCAGUCGAGAGGCGAAGAAACAAUCGCAUCCCAGCCUCUCUCAGCCGGACUUCAAAUGCCACACCAAUUCGAUUCCUCGGAACCGGAAAGCAUCAGUCCGGAGCCGUUGGGCGAAAGCGCCAUGGGCCCACCGCCUCGCCCAGCAUCCAGUCGCACUCAUUCGCCCGCAAUCGCGGCCCAACAGAAGCCGAUCGGUGCUGCUGCGACACCCAAGUCUUUGCUGACUAUGCGUGGGGUGCAGCCGCCGAUAUAUGGCCAACAAACUGCCAGUCCGGGGUCCAAGGAUUCCAACAGCUUGGACGACCUGUCACUUCCAGAGGCGGCAAGAGCGCAGGCUCGAAUCAAGCCUUCGUUGUCUCAGAUUGAUACCCAAGUCGAUCCCGACGCAACAGACGACCUGACACCGCAGAACUCGGCGCGCAAGACGCCCAAGUUGGGACCGUCCAGCACACCGGCUUCCGGACGGCUGGGUUCCGCCGUGACAUCUCCCAAUCUGACCGGAUCUCCCAUGACUGCAUGUACGCCGUCACUCGCGCUCAAGGACAAGAAAGAUGCGAGAAGUGGAAGCGGGAGUGUAAGUCGCAGUAAAAAGCGUGGCAGCAUCAGCGCCACCGGCUCCCGCUUGGUCUCGCCCGCCCUCGUGCCGAAGAUAAGUCCAAGCAUCAAGCCGCUACUCCCAGAAGGCACACCCCUCAACACCGCUACGCAAGCCAUGCUCCUCGCCUCUAAGUCCAACUACCAGAACCUCCUCGAAGGCAACCACCUCCCCGGCGUCAACUACCCCGACUCCCUCUCCACCGGCCUCACCUCCAAACGCACGUCGCACAAAGUCGCCGAGCAAGGCCGGCGCAACCGCAUCAACGAGGCGCUCAAGGAAAUGCAAAGCCUCAUCCCCAAACCGCCUCCCGCGUCGAAAUCGCCCGGCGAUGCAGCCGACGCAGCGGCGGACAGUAAUGGCGAUGCGAACGCCACUGCGACGGACGGAGAUGGCGCGGGGGAUGCGAACGGUAAUGGCAAGGAUGGCGACAACUCGGCCAAGAGUAAUAAUAGCAAGGCCGCAACGGUCGAGCUGGCGAACGAUUACAUCAAGAAGAUGCAGAAGGAUAGCGCGGCGACGAGUGCCGAGGUGGCAAUUUUGCGGCGGGAGAAUGAGGAGUUGAGGAAGCGGCUUCUGGAGAGGGAGAGCGGGAGUGGGAGUGAGGCGGGUGCAGUCGCGAGUUCGGGAGAUGGAGAGGAGUGA